AUGGAAUUGGCGAUAAAUGAGAAUCAACUGAGUUCAGAGGGAUUUCAAUAUGAUGACUAUGUGCUGACGAAUGACAAACACUUUGAGCCUGAGCCUGAGAAUUUCGAGCUCGAAUCCAAAGAAACUCGAGAAGAGGAACCGAUCAAUAUUUGUAGCGAGUGUGCUCAUGGAAUUCAACCAACAUUUGCGUCGAUUCGUUCAAAUUUCUCCACCAUUCAACCGUUCAACAUUGACGAUCCAGUGAUUGGCUCUUUCUAUUGUCCGAAUGGAGAGAUUUGCAUUGAAGAAGAGAAUGGUACCCUUUGGACAAGCACCUUUGACGCACCAACGAUCACAUUGGUCCCAGUGCCAAGCUGUCAAAAUGACAUCUGUGCAGUGUACAUGCUUUUCGUUGUUGGACCAAGAGCUCCGGGAAGGGAGAAUACGGCCGAUCUCAUUUCCCUGACCGACAAUCGAUCAUUUCGAGCGGAAGACAUGCAAAUGAGUGGAGGUUUCAGAAACAUCGACGAGUUCGGGUAUGUGAAAAUUCGGGGUUUCGGCUGUCACCGUUGCACUCGGCCAAUUCAAUACUGCAUGAAGAAU